UCGUUCUGCCGAGCGCAGGAAGUGACGCGCGCUACGUGUGCUGCGUGUGGCGAUGGCGUUGGAGACGGUGCCCAAGGAUUUGCGGCACCUGCGGGCCUGUCUGCUCUGCUCCCUGGUGAAGACCAUCGACCAGUUUGAGUACGACGGGUGCGACAACUGCGACGCCUACCUGCAAAUGAAGGGCAACCGCGAGAUGGUCUACGACUGCACCAGCUCCUCCUUCGACGGGAUCAUUGCUAUGAUGAGCCCUGAGGACAGCUGGGUUUCCAAGUGGCAGCGAAUCAGUAACUUCAAGCCUGGUGUGUAUGCGGUGUCCGUUACUGGUCGUCUGCCUCAAGGGAUUGUACGGGAGCUGAAGAGCCGAGGCGUGGCCUACAAAUCCCGAGACACAGCCAUAAAGACCUAAGGAGCCAUUAAGUCACAUGGAGGAGUCCUUGGUGCUCUGCCAGCAUUCCUGUUGCAGAUAGGUUGGAGUACAGAGACUGCUCUAGAGCACUGUUCUGGUGGUUUUCAGCACUAGAGUGGGGAA